CACAUACGUAUAUGUCAAAAAGGAAUCGAACGAUCAUAAUCGGAAAAUUUUCUCGUUGGUUCAUAUAGUGCAUAAAAAUAAUAGAAGAUAGCAAGAAUUCGUAAUCUAAUUAAUCAAUUUAGAUAUACGUAAAAUUGGUAAGCUGAGUGUUACGGUCAACCGGAAUCAUGUUCAGUUUUAGCCGAAGAUAUUUCCCACUAUUGACGGUGCUAUGCGUAGCCGCUGUAUUAUUUAGCUUGGCACCGGCAGGUGGAAAUGCAGAAAAAGAAAUACCUAUUACUAAAUUCAGCCAAAAUGUCGGUGGAUACGGAGUAACGAUGACUUUCCUAUACUGUUAUUCAUGUGGCUAUCGCAAAGCGUUCGACGAGUAUUACAAUGUCAUUCAUGAAAAAUAUCCGGAAAUAACUAUCCGAGGCGGAAACUAUGACCCGCCCGGUGCAUCCUUGUACCUAUCGAAGGUUCUCUUGGUCACCAAGCUGCUGAUGAUCAUUGCCUUGAUGUCCAACUUCGAUGUGUUUGGAUUCCUUCGGCAACCGACACCAUCCUGGUGGCGUUGGUGUACGGGAAAUAAGCUGUACGCUUGCAUGAUGAUAUUUUUCCUCGGGAAUAUGAUAGAAGCGAAGCUCAUGUCAUCCGGAGCAUUCGAGAUCUCGCUGAAUGACGUUCCGGUGUGGUCGAAGCUGGAAACGGGUCGAAUUCCGGCGCCGCAGGAGCUGUUCCAGAUUAUCGAUAGUCAUUUACAGUUUUCCGAAAAAAUCGAACAGAACCCGGAUUUUGUGAAAUAAUGCUCUAAUCGCUUGGUGGAUUAGUUUUUGCAAUUGCUUCAAGAGAAUUGAAUAUUUAGUUGCUCACGUGGUUUUUCUAUUUUUUAUGAAAACGACAAUUUUGUAUUAUUUGUACCGUUCUGUUGAGGUAUGAAUGUAAAUGUUCCCCAUGUAGUCAAGUAGUAAUAUAUCAAACGUUUCUAUGAAUAAAACCAGAACUUAUCGAAACUUAACAUGAGAACUGCAACAAAAUGAACCAAAUUCAAUCCGGUUGUAAUAAACGAGUCGGAUUCUGUUACCAAAUAUUUCAAAACGUGAUUUGGUAUGUUGAACCAGUGCUAUUGGAAAUUUGUUUAUGAAGUGGUGAGGUUCAGUUGUGAAUAAAGAUAUUCGUUGGGCUCAA